AUGACGAUCCUAACGGAACGAGAGGUUUGGAGUGAUACCAGAAUUCGAGAACAGAUGUGGAAGUUAAUCCUGCGGGUUACAAACGUCCUGUCUAUGCUUGGGAAGUUAGAUGAGUCAAUAUCUUAUGACAGUAAACAACGACUGUCACAUAUAAAAACACAGAUCCGUUCACUAAGAGAAUUUGUGGAAUGUCGGCAAACGUGUCACAACUCUAGUCUCUGCUUCGCACGGUGUCAUGGUGCGACGAAAUCGAGCCACAUGACAAUGUGCUCCUAUUCUCUUUGCUCUCGCGUGUUGAGUGGCUCUAGUCAUGAAAAGCGUCGAGUGGCUGGUCGGAUUUCCAGCCGAGUGCGGUUUUCACAUGGACCCUCAGUCUAG